AUGGCUUCCACGAGUGACCAUUCCGUGGGAGAAGCUGCAGCAUCUGCAAUCCAUGGGGGCCACGCCACUGGAUCACAAGGUAGGGCAACAUCUUACAGCCAAGGGAAUCUCUUUAAUCAUGGGCUAAUCGUUCAACAAGAUUGUACUACAUGUGUUCGACGGAGAAUUCGAUGUGACCGAUCUCUCCCUACAUGCGUCAAAUGCUCUAAGAAAGGUCUAACCUGUCCCGGGUAUGGGCCUCGCUGGCGGUGGGCCAAUGGCAUCGCAGUGCGCGGUCAUCUGAAGGGGCGUACAACACCUAAUGUCGAAAAGCCAGCGAGAGCCAGCACCUCUCUGAAAGCCAGCGCCUCUCCCAAAUCCACCAGGUCGUCCGAGAGUGAGAAUGCUGCCAGAGUACCAUCAGUGACAGAUCCUCUUGAGAAGAUGUUCCCAGACUUCCCUGACCCGGCUACCAGGGCUCGACUUCUGGAUCAUUAUGACAGGAACAUUGCAGGGUUAAUGGUGUGGAUAGACUCUGACCGCAACGAGUACCGACGCCUUGUACUUCCUCUUGCCGAGCGCCAGCCCGGACUUCUCCUAGCGAUCCUCGCCAUCUCAGCGCAACAUCUUGCAGUGACUACCAAAAAGGAAUCCAGCUUCUCGGCUCGUGCACGCGAUGCAGCUGUGUCCAUGAUAUCAUCCCAGAUUCGACAGGUCACGGGCCGGUUGGCUGCUGGAUAUGACUUGGACAACGAGAUCGAUACGGAUACCGCGGUGUGGAUGCUGGCCUCAAUGCUCACGUUAGCUUCAUAUGAGAUGGCAGAAUCGGAGCAGGGAGCCGCAGCCGCUGACUCGCAUAGGCAAGCCGCUCGAACAUUAGUGAACGCGCUUGCCACCACCAAUCGGGAGAACAACGACUUGUUCAAUUUUCUCCGUAAUCAGCUCUCCAUUUACGACAUCCUAGCAUGCACCACGUCGUUCAUGAGCACCAGAGAAGUGAUUCUACCUGCACCGAGCGACGCGAAUCUUAUCUUUUCCGAAUACCUGGGUCUCCUGCAUCAGGUAACAAUCACCUCCCGCCAGAUUUUCGACUCGGUUCCAUCUAGGAUGCCGAGCUUGAUUGAGCUUCCUGGAACGCCUGUCGAGACUCGCGCCAGGUUCGAAUUAGCUCGAGGCUCUACCCUGAUGGCUGCCGGACUGCUGGAAUUGACGCGGGAUGAGAGAAGGCGUGACUUCAUCCGCAUUGUGGAUAUAUAUCAUCACUCCGCUUUGCUCUACACUUACAGGUGUAUCUUUCAUGGAAAUGUUGAUCCUGUCGAUAUUUCCGCUUCGGCCACCACUUUGUUCGAGCGACUGAGCCAGCUGGAGGAUCGCUCUUCCUGCAUGCAGAAUCUACCUUGGCCGAUGCUGAUUGCCGGAACCGAAUGUUGCGGCAACCAAGAAAGACAGGCGUUUAUAGCAAGCUUGUACGAAGACACUGCUAGAGCUAUGGGCUUCAAGCACUAUCUCGAAGUGCUUCAUUUCUUGAGAGAUCUCUGGUCGAGUGACCAUUGUGACUGGCUCCAAUUGGCACGUCAUUACAGUGCAAAGGGAAAGCAAAUCGUGGCUGUUUGA